AACACAAACAUCAUCUUUAUGAUCUUCAAAAUGAAACUGGAGAAUCUAUUACUAAUCUUAUGGUUCUUCCUUGUAGGCUUUCAUGUAGCGUGUGCACACAAAUGCAGUGAAACCGGUUUUUUCAUACCCCAUGGUAAGUUUGACACAAACCGUGGCCUCCUCCUCUCUUCUCUCGCUUCUAAUGUCUCAGGUCGUGGCUACAAUUCUUCCGUUGGACAAGGAUCAGACCGCGUGUAUGCUGUGGGGAUGUGCAUCCCAGGUACUGAACCAAAUGUUUGCUCAAACUGUAUCCACCUUGCUUCUAAUGAGUUGAUGGAGACAUGUCCUAAUCAGACGGAAGGUCUCCUCUGGUUCGAGAAGGAGACUCUUUGCAUGAUACGUUACUCCAACCGUUUGUUUUUUGGAACACUCGAGAUGGAACCAAGUUAUAAGGUGUACAAUACAGCGGCUUUCCAAGUUAACUUGACUGAGUUUGAUAAUACGUGGGAGGCUUUGAUGCUUCGUGUGAUCGCUCAAGCUACCUCAUCUUCUAACCCUAUGUACUAUGGUGCCGGCAUACAAAAGAUAGGGUCAUCGCGGAACAUCUACGCUUUUGUGCUAUGUAGUAAAGAUAUAUCUCCCUGGAACUGCGCCAAGUGUUUAAGACAAAACGUGGAUGACUAUAGGUCGUGCUGCAGUGGGAAACAAGGUGGCCUUACAAUGAGGCUGAGUUGUUUCAUGGAAUGGGAUCUCUAUCCAUUCUUUGGAGUUUUUCAGAAUCAGACCUCGCCAACUACUCAUAAAAAAGAUAGCAAAAAGAUUUCUACAGGAACUAUCGUUGGAAUCAUUGUUCUUCUCACCUUCAUGAGUAGUGUGCUACUUGCACUAGGGCUUGCUCUAUGUAGGAGGAGGAAAACGUACCAAGAAUUUGCAACUGAAAGGAGAUCAAUGACAACUUAUGGUACUGAACCACAAUAUGAUGAUGCAGAUGAUAUUACAACUUCAGGUUCACUUCAAUUCGAUUUUAAAGCAAUUGAAGCGGCUACAUGUAAUUUUCAUGAGAGUAACAAGCUAGGUCAUGGUGGAUUUGGUGAAGUUUACAAGGGAACGUUCCCGAAUGGAACAGAAGUUGCUGUGAAGAGGCUGUCUAAUUCUUCAGGUCAAGGGGAACAAGAGUUUCAGAACGAGGUUCUCCUUGUAGCAAAGCUCCAACAUCGAAACCUGGUUAAGCUUCUCGGGUUCUCUGUCGAAAGAGAAGAAAAGAUACUCGUCUAUGAGUUUGUGCCCAACAAAAGUCUUGAUUAUUUCCUUUUUGACCAUAGAAAGAGGAGUCAGCUGGAUUGGAGAAAAAGGUAUAACAUUAUCGGUGGAAUCACUCGUGGGAUUCUAUAUCUUCAUCAAGAUUCACGGCUAACAAUCAUACACCGUGACCUUAAAGCUAGUAACAUUCUCUUAGAUGCUGACAUGAACCCAAAAAUCUCGGAUUUUGGAAUGGCAAGAAACUUCAGAGUUGACCAGACUGAAGCCAAUACAGGAAGAGUAGUUGGAACAUUCGGUUACAUGUCUCCAGAGUAUGUGGCGAAUGGGCAGUUCUCGAUGAAAUCUGAUGUUUAUAGUUUUGGAGUAUUGACUCUAGAGAUUAUCGUUGGCAAAAAGAAUAGUAGCUUUCACCAGAUAGAUAAUUCAGUAGGGAACUUGGUGACAUAUGCUUGGAGGCUAUGGAACAACGAAUCAUUGUUGGAACUGAUGGACCCGGCCAUGGGAGAGAAUUAUGAUAAAGAUGAAGUCACUAGAUGCAUCCAUAUUGGGUUAUUGUGCGUUCAAGAAAAUCCUGCAGAUCGUCCAACCAUGUCCACAGUGUUUCAGAUGCUCACUAAUACUUCCAUUACAUUGCCUGUGCCUCAACCACCUGGAUUUUUCUUCAGGGUCAGAUCUGAUCUAAACCCAUUAGCCGAUAGCUUGGAGUCUGGUCCGUCUAAGUCUACCAUGUCUUUUACUUGUUCCAUUGAUGAUGCAUCGAUCACAAAUGUUAAUCCUCGUUAAAUUUUUUUUUUUUUUUGUUAUAAUCUAAUGCUCACUAGCAAAACAUAAGAAGCAUAGUAAGUUUCACUUUAAUGUUUUUGUAAGUGGUAAACUGUAUAAUGCUACAGUCCGUUCUACAAUUGAAGUUUUUAUUA